CUCGUCCGCGGGGUGGGCGCGGGGUUGCGGCGCGCCCUUGCGCGGCCCGCAGGCCGGACCAGCUCUUUUUCCAGCUCGACGCCGACAGGGACGGGCGCCUCAGCCGCGCCGAGAUGGAGCCCACGCUGCGCAACUUGCAGCCAGACAUUACGCAGCACCAGCUCGACGCCGUCUUUCGACGUUUCGACCGCGAUGGCAACGGGCAGGUCGAGUUGCACGAGUUCUGCAAUGCGCUGCGGGACGCGGCAGCCAAGCAGAAGGCUGCGCCCAGCGGUUUCGUGAGGGAGCUGCUCGCCAGGGUCGCCAGCUCGCUGGAGCGCCUGGGGGCCCGCCCGCGCGACCUCUUCGCGCGCCUGGACUCGAACGGGGACGGCAUGCUGUCGCGCGCGGAGCUGGAGCCGACGCUGCGGCAGCUGCAGCCCGACGUCACGCCGCAGCAGCUGGACGGGGUGUUUCGGCACUUCGACCGCGACGGGAGCCAGGAGAUCGACGUGGACGAGUUCGUCGGCGCGCUCGCGCGGGCGCGCGAGGCGCAGGCGCCGCCGCCACCGCCGUUGCCUCCCCCGGCGGACCCGCCGACGAGCGAGCAGACCAGGCAGGCCGCGGAAUGGUACGCCCAGCGGCAGAGAGAGAGGCUCGCGAAGGGUGACGGGAACCUGCCGCUGGAGGUGCAGCAGGAGGACCUGCUCGGGCAGGGCGGCGCGCUCGUCGGCGUGCGCGCCCCCGACGGCGUGCCGCGCCACAGAGGCACUCACCGCGGGGAGGUGUACGUGCAGCACGAGAGGGACGCGUCGCGCUUCAGGUCCGUCUCCGGGGACCGCGUCAGGCGCCUGUACGACGCAGGCGAGCAGCGCGCCGGCGCCGGCCGCGGCGGGCCGAAGGCGGCGAGGGGAGCGGCCUCCGCCGCGGCAACCGAGGCCGCGGCCCGCAGGGCCGCGGUGCCCCGGGCAGUGGCGCUGGCCGACCCCGACGCCUCGCAGCUGCGGCCGCUCGAGUCGCCCGGGGACGACGAGAUCUUGGAGCUGCUCCGCAUGAGCUGCCAGAGCGAGGCAUUCGCAGAGCUGGCGUUCUUCGCCUGCCAGUGCCUGGCGGCCGGCCUGGGCGUCGCCGCAGGCGCGCUGGCGUUCGCUUUUGGCGCGGGAGGCAGUCAGCUCCUGGUGGCCUCCACCUCCUUUAACACCUUCGCCAUGGCCUUCGCACAGGUGGCCAGUGUUGGGACCAUCUACGAGGCCGCCAGGGACGCCAAGAUCGUGCGCGGACUCGAGGCCAGCCAGAUCGAGAGUGACAGCGAGGUGAGCAUACAGCGCAUGGCCUGGAGGCGCGUGAUCAUUAGCGUCCUCCGCAGUGCGGUCAACCUCGGGCUGUUUACAUGCAGCUUGUUGGGCGCUCGCUCCGACGCGUACAUCAGCGUUGCGGCGUCGGCGGCCGAGACCACAGGCAGCAGCGACGUUUGGUGGAUGACACAUUCGCCAGUUGGUUGGUCCGCGGAGGAGAUGAGGAACCUCCUCGCGGCUCGCUGCGGCCUCUCGCUGGUGGCGCUGGUGCUCGCCCUGCCGCGCGCGGCGGAGAGCGGGCCUCUGGGCGCCCAGGCGUACUGAACCGGGCGGCGCCUUGCGAGGGCGGGGGGAGG